CGCCAUCUGAUGCAUCAGUGGGUUACAGCACAAAAUUGAUCCUAAGAACUUACACGAUCGAUCUACCACAUGGCAGGCUACCCUGAAUAGCUACUUGCUAAGAUAUAUAACUAGUUAUUAUAAUAUAAUGGUGUACGUCUUAUUAUCUAUUAGAUGCAAUAACAAUAUGAUAAGUGUACUUCCAUUUUGUACAACUUGUGGAGGAGUAUUGACCCAUUCACCAAACGGUCAGACCAGGCCAAUCAACUAUACUCCACAGACAACUCCCGAUCGAGGAGGGGCGAUGAAAUGCAAAGGCAAGUGUCACAAAGUCAUGUGACACAAUAAAGCCACUAGUUAAAUUCCAAAAUCUAGGAGGAAUGAUUGAAUUAUUGUUUUUUUCAUUCAUUUUGAUUGAUGAAUUCUUAUGCAAUGGGUAGCAAGUAGCAUGCAACUCUUCUCAUAGGAUAGGACCAGGUAAACCUAAUAUACAUGAGCUAUUAAUAAUGGAAAAGAGAGAGAUCGAUGAAUGCUUCUUUUUUUUAACAUUUCUAUGCCUUGUUACGGUGCACAGUUAAUUUUUCGCCAUAAAUAUAUCAGAUUCUUAAAUUAUUCAAAGAAAUGUCUCUUGACAUACUUAACUUAACUAGCUAGUGAAAGCAUACCUAUGAUUAUUUUUCCUUUUUUCGGGCAAUACGACGUGUAGAUUGACUUCUCAACUGUUAUGCAUUAACAAUUCUUGAGUUCAACCUUAAUCUGAUCAAACUACAACCAAUAACCAAGAGAUCUAGCAAGACGAAUUAAAAUGUGUUCUUCUAAGCUCUUAGAUGUAAGGAAUUAGCUAUUGAAACUUAUUAAUAGGUCACAUUAUUGGCCUCAAUAUAGGUGCAAUCCAAAUGAACUUGUCACGCAAGCAUUGUGAUCAGGCGUCUGAUCAUUGCCACUGUUGAGUAUGCGGAUGUGAAGGUGUAGCUAUAUUAAUCACGAGUAUGGCUAUUGUGAAAUCUGUCCGCAAAUAAUCGAGCAAUUUUUUUAUCUCAAAAUUUUAGGUGAACUUAAGAUCUUGCAUUAUACUAGUAAGUAGUUAGCUCUCCAUGAACCCUCCUUGCUCCAAUUACAUACUCACAAAGAGCUUCCGUACUAGGAUAACCAAAGGCUGAACGCAUUGAAUUUUCUUUCUAAUCUCUAAAGUAUAGUACCACAAUUGAUAACCAUACACUAACCACUUUGGAAACAAAUCUCGUUUUCAUCUUUUAAUACACUCACAGAAAACGUACUUGACCCACCACCACAAUCACUCUCACACUCACUCUCUCUCUCUCUCUCUCUCUCUCUCCUUCCCUUUUCCCUCCUUAUUUACCCUUGUCUUGGAUCCCUCUCCCCACCCUUCCUUCCAAAAGCUUACCUCUCUCCCUCUCGCAUGCCUCUUUCUCUUCUCCUCCUCCUCCUCUAAUCCCUUCCUUUCCCACCACCCAAAAAUGGCGGUUCUAACUCUCUACCCAGAAUCUACCACCCCCAAACACAAACACAAACCCAAAACCCCAUCCUCCACUCCCCGCCGUUCCCACCACCACAACAACAAAACCACCACCGCCACCAAGACCAAACCAAUCAACAAAAAACUCCCAAAACCCACUAAACACGCCAACACCAAACCACCCCCUUCCUCCUCCUCCUCGUGGGAUCAUUUCAAGAACCUCCUCACCUGCAAGCAAAUCGAACCCUCCGCCGUCCACGACCCCGCAGCUUCCAAACCAAAUUCCAAUAAGCUCGGCUCCUCCUGCGGCUCCAUCUGCAGCUUCCGGGACGUCGUCCACGGCAACACGCGCGUCGUCCACCGCGCCGACAACUCCCCCGACACCAGCUCCCUCGGCCACCACCACGACCGCAAACCCGCCGCCGCCGGAGGAGGACGCCCUUCGCCGUCCUCCUCCUCCAGGUCGCUGAUCGCUCCGGCUACUACUCGCUCGUCCUGUAAUAAUGCUAAUACGGCGGCGUCUUCCAGAGGGAUGCAAUUCAGGAAGCUCUCCGGUUGCUACGAAUGUCACACCAUCGUUGACCCCAGCCGGUUUCCAUCUCCAAGGACCACCAUCUGCGCUUGCUCGCAGUGCGGUGAGGUGUUCCCCAAGAUCGAAAGCCUGGAACUCCAUCAGAAAGUUCGCCACGCCGUAUCGGAGUUGGGCCCGGAGGAUUCGGGCCGGAACAUCGUGGAGAUAAUCUUCAAGUCCAGCUGGAUGAAGAAGGAAAGCCCAAUCUGCGUGAUCGAGCGGAUCCUCAAGGUCCACAACACCCAGCGCACCAUCCAACGGUUCGAGGACUGCCGCGAUGCGGUCAAGUCACGGGCGCUGACCAGCACGCGCAAGAACCCCAGGUGCGCCGCCGACGGGAACGAGCUGCUCCGCUUCCACUGCACCACCCUCACGUGCUCCCUGGGCGCGCGUGGAGCGUCCAACCUCUGCGGCGCCAUCCCCGGCUGCGGCGUCUGCACCGUCGUCCGCCACGGGUUCCCCGGGAAGGAGCUCCGUGGGGUCCGCACAACGGCGAGCAGCGGCAGGGCCCACGACUCGCUGGUCGGGUGCGGCAGCGUCGGGCGGAGGGCCAUGCUGGUCUGCCGCGUGAUCGCCGGGAGAGUGAAGCGCGUGGCGGGGGAUGAGGCGGCGGCGGGACAGCAGGAUGAGGAUGGCGCCGGAGGUGGUGGCGGCGCGUACGAUUCGGUGGCGGGUUCCGCGGGUGUGUACUCGGGGUUGGAGGAGUUGUUUGUGUUCAAUCCGAAGGCCAUCCUGCCUUGUUUCGUUGUGAUUUACAAGGCUGUGGAAUCGUGAUUAAUUAAUUAACUCUGUUAAUUAAGAUUGAAUUAGACCCUGCUGCAACCGUUAAGAUGGAAACAAAAAUUAGGCGCUUUUUAUGUUUUGUUUUUUUGUGUACUGAGUUUGCAGAGAGGGUUCGGGGCAACCAGUAAUGAUGAAGAGAUGUGUAAAUAUUAUUAAUGAAAUGGAAUAUGAAUCAACAGCUCAACUGCACGCGUGGUUGUUAAACUGUUCUUCUUCGCUUUUGCCCAUUUGAUUAAUAAAUUGUAUAAUUCAUA